AUAAAGGGACAAAAAAAAGAGAGAGGGAGAGAGAUAAGAUGGAAUUUUCAAUUUUUGAACUAGAGAACCAAAUCUAUGACUUGCCUUUAUACCCCAACCUCAAAAUGGUAAGCCUUUUGAAUCACUUCAAGAAUCAAAAAAAUUAAUCCAAUUUUCGGUGUCUUAAACAUUGUUUUUAUGGGAACUUUGAACACCAAGAGUAGAAAUUCAGAGCUAUAUAAAACUCUAGGAUUAUUAGAUAAACCACAACUACUUGAAGAUGCAUCCGAAAAAGCUCCUGAAAUUGUGUCACUAGUAGCAUCUGUUCUUGAAAAAAACAUUCACAAAAAUGACAAGUUAUUGAAGAAGUCGAAAACUAAAGAUGGUGUGACAAUCUUUCAUGGGUCGAAAGCUCCUACAUUGAACAUCCGGCAGUACAUGGAACGCGUGUUCAAGUACUCCAAGUGUAGCCCUUCUUGCUUUGUUGUAGCAUACAUUUACAUGGAUAAGUUCAUUCAAUCCACAAAUUGUUAUCUUACUUCGCUUAAUGCUCAUCGCCUUCUCAUUGCUUCGGUUCUUGUGGCUGCCAAGUUUGUUGAAGACGUGACUUACAACAACGCACAUUUUGCCAAAGUUGGAGGCGUAAGUAUAUCAGAAAUGAACAAGCUAGAAUUGAAGCUGCUAUGCAGCCUCGACUACAAGCUUCAUGUCACAGUAGAGACGUUUGAUCAGUAUUGUCUACAGUUGGAGAAGGCAGCAGGCUCAGGAAGUGAGAGGAGGACCUGCCACAAUGAACGGGCAAUGCAAACCUGUGGCCUAAAAGGUAGCUGGUUGAAGAAAGACAAGUCUAAAUGUACUCCAAAGUUCGCAGGGUACAGCUGUGGAGCCAUAUAGCUUAGCCACUUCCACACAUUUAGCAUCUCAAAGAUAUGGGAUGAUUGAAGAUCUUCAUCCACACAGACAGAGACAGUUAUCUAUAUCUUCAUACCAAAAUUCACAAUUUAAGACAAGUCUUCAUUCCA